AUGUCGGCCGAGCUCGCAGCGCUUGCAACCGCAUGCGGCCUCCCGGAGAAGCUGCACGGGUACCUGCGAGCCAAGCAGGUCCUCUCAACCGGACUUCUGGCCGCGAUGGCCGACUCCUUUCAAGAGAUUGAUGAGCUACUGUUCAAGCCCCUGCUUGAGGGCGAAGAGAUCGAAGGCACAGAAUGGAAGAUCUCCUCCACCGAAGGCCCGGUGGUGAGGGCUGCACUUCGGUUCCUGUGGAAUCAGUGCAGGGACAAAGGCGGCAUGCACGCCCAAGCCAGUGGCGCCAAUAGCCAGCCACUCGGGUUGCCCCCGCCAGCAGGAGGAGGCCAACCGACCGAACCAACGACGAGCAAAUCGGCACCCACUGUGCCGCGGGAGAUACCUCCUCAAGAACUCCAGAAGCUCGUGAAGUUCUAUGCUGACACAGAAAUUGCCGGACGCCAGCGUGAUUUUCCGAUGAAAAUGCUGGUCGGUGCCGAACGGGUCAUGGCCCGAAUCUGGCACGAGGCGUGGAUCUCCCACCAAUUCACGCCAACACAGCUCCAUGAAAUCCUCGAAGCGAGGUGCUUCGACAGUUCGGGCUCUCUCAACUCGCUCAACAAAGAGCUCCGCCAGAAAACUCAGAGCCGAUUGGCGGUCGAUGAAGAGCACAACACGAUAGUGAUCGAGGAGGAGCAACAGUGGAGCCCCAAGGGCCUCUUGAGUUUGAUGGAUGCCCUGGAGGCGAUUGAGCUCUGUUGGACCCUCUGCCAAUUGGGCCAUGAACUCGACAUCAAGGCCUACAUCAACUGGUGGAAGCAACUCUUCCGAUCCCGACCGGGGAAAAUCGAGCAGUUGAAGACCUACUGGCUCGAUGGGGGCUGGCGGAUCGCCCUGCUGAUGCGCCAAGGGCACACCUUCGCCCACUGUACCCAGACCCUCAUGGACGACACGGGCGCACUCCAGGCCGCCUUGAUGAAGGAGCUCACCAUCGCGAAGCCCCAGCAGACGAAGCCACAGGCACGGAAGCCCCCAUCGAAGGGCAAGGGAGGCGGCAAGCACGACCGCCAGGAGUCAUCAUCCUGGACCUCACCUCAGUCCUCGCAGGAUCGCCCAUGGAAACGAGAGUGGCCGCAAUGGAAGUCCAGUGAUGCAUGGCAGUCCCAGCCGUGGAAGAAAUCCUCGGCCUGGAUCGUCCUCAGUGUCUUCGACGGCUGCGGGAUCGCUCACGAGGCUGCCGACAUCGUGAUUGGCAGUCGCCGCAUCUGGCACCGAAUCUCCUGGGAGAUCGACGAAGCCUGUGUGGCCAUAUCGUCCCACCGAUGGCCGGACCUCGAGCAGAGGGGUGACAUCUUCCAGGAUGAACAGGCAGCCCUGAAGGCCCGCAUCGACGAGAUCGACCCGAACCAGGAGUGCACGAUCCUACUCACGGCCGCACCGCCGUGUCCGGACUUCAGUCGAAUCCGACCUGAUGCCCCAGGCAGGGACGGCCCCGAGGGCCAGAAGUUCGACAACAUGCUCCGCUGGUUCGCGGCCCCGAGCGCUCUCUUCAGGGAGAGGAAGGUCCUACGCAUGAUCGAAAACGUGAUCAUGAGCCGCAAAGCGGAUCUUCGCCACUUUGAGGCGGAGGUGGGAGUCCCUGCCAUCAUCAUGGAUGCCCAGGACUGGGGACUUGUCAAGAGACCCCGAGUCUUUUGGACAGAUGCUGGGUGGCAGCAAUUUGGCGAGACCGCCAUGGGCUGGAGGAUUCGAUGGACGAAGCUCUAUGACACAGAUCACCUGACGUUCGAAUUCCCCCCAGACCCAGUGGCAUCCAUUCUGCCUCCUAGGUGGAAGCCCCCGAAGUGCCUCGAGGAAGGCAAGACCCUCCCCACCCUGACAUCCCCAGCACCAGGCCCUGAGGGACGCCCCGCGCCCAGAUCCGUGAAAGGGAAACUGGACUCUGCCACGUUCCACCGAUGGGAACUGUCCGGGCGCCAAUUCGCCCCAUGGCACUUCCGCCAAGAGAACCUGUUCGAGAACGAGCGGGGUGAGCUCGUGACACCGAGCAUCCUGGUGAAAGAGCGCCUCCACCACCUGGAGGACGACUUCACGGCACCAGCCCAGGACGACAGAGAACGACACAAGAUCCUGGCGAACAGCUGGCAUUUAGGCACCGCCAUCCUGGUGAUGACCAUGCUGACCUGCUUCCCAGCAGCGGAGGCCUCGCUCCCGCCGGGGCCGGAGCUGGACCCGCUUGGACACACAGCCAUCGACACCCUGGCAUCGAUCUGGGCAUCAGGACCACUCGCCAGUGGACCGCACAAGGGGGAGCAGGGCGAACACUGGAUGACCCAGUGCACAUGCCUUCACCAACACUGGCAAGCCAGCUGGCUCAGAAGCCACCCGCACGAUGUGGCCGACCCACUUGAACCGGGCCUGACACAGACCAUCAAUUUAUGGCACCAAUGGCACCAGCGGCUGCCAGCCCUCAGAGCACAGCUGAUCGAGGAGAUCACGGACAUGGCACUGGACCUCGAGGACGAUCUCCAUCCAGGCCCGAACCGAAUUCACUUCCCACUACUAGCCCAACUCCUGCACAAGUUUGGGUGGGAGGACCAGAGAUUGCUAGCCGAGAUCCAAGAAGGAUUUCCAGUGCUGGGCAAGAUGAGCCCAGGCCUAGGCGUCAUCAUGUCCAUCGAUGCCACGUCCUUCACCGUUAGCACCGAACUCGGUCGCAUGCAGCGCAUCACAGCACAACUGCGCGGACACUUGCACAAGGCCACAAUGUCCUCGGAUGAGGCUGGAGAUCAGAGACUGUCGGUCCGAACGGCACUGGAGCAACCAGGCUGGACCGCGGAAGCCACGAACCUCAUGAAGAACGGCUGGGGCUUUGUGCUUCGCCGACCCGACGGUGAGUGUCAUUAUGCCCAUGGCGAGAUCCCUGGACGGCUCCUCGGACGGUUCACCACCCGUAGGGCAUUCAUUUAUGCCUUGGAAAUCAUUGCCCAACUCCUGUGCCUCAUUGUCGGCAUGCCAAUGAUGGAAGAGAUGAGCAUUUGCUUCAUCGAUAACGAGCCGGGCAAAUUUGCGCUCCAGCGAGGAUUCGGCAAGGACACCAAGGUGAACCGCCUCUUGGGACUCCUGUGGAGCUUCCUGAACAAGUGCGACCACCAGCCCUACUGGGAAAGAGUCACCUCGCAGGCGAACAUAGCCGACGCAGUCAGUCGGGGGGACAUGUCCAUGGCCGAACGACUCGGCUGGAAGAGAAUGGAAACCUCGUGGGAUGACCUCUACCACGUCUUCGUCGACGCCACCGACUCUAUGGAGCAAGCGAUGAGCCUGGGAGCUGCGCUGGCCACGUCUUUUGGCCGGGUGCCACGGGGUCAGGCGGCCAACAUGGCAGAAGAACGCCUGCCUUGCGACGCCGACCGGGCCGAGCCCAGCAACCAGCCCAUGCUGGCAGAUGCCAGCGCCAGCAACGCGGCCUUGCCGCCCCCGCCGCCUGAGCCAAGGCAGCUUACGGGUGAUGUGGCGCUAGCAUUGGAGGGUGCACGCCUGCCCGUGUUGGCCUUGACCAACCUGCCACCUCCGCCGCCCCUGAGCACGGUCAAAGCGCCGAGCAUCCUUCAGUCGAAUGCGCCUCCGCCACCGGCACCAGACCAAGGCCUUCGUGGAACCUGA